CGUCAGAGAUGAUGAGUGGAAUGAAUUCUAAUCGAGAAAAUUAAAAUCAUUUUCCAGUUUUAUUUUUACUUAAUUUGUCAAUCCAUAAACUUAACCAUUUAACUUUUAUCAAUAAUUAACUUUUAUAUUCAUAACAAUAGAGACAAAGCCGUAGAAGUGUUGUGGUUUCGAAUUUUCAGUUGGUGCGUAAAUCGAACUAUCGUAUAUUUUGCAUUGAAUUCAGAAGGCGAUUACCUAUCAAACGUUUAUAUAUCUCGGAUAAGGGGAUAACAGCUUUUGUUGCUAUGCAUCCCACUCUGUUUAAUUUCAAAAUGUCACCAGAAAGGAAGGAUGCCGGAUACUUCAAUGCUGUGAUUUGUUUGAAUGAUAGACAGAAAUUGAAAUUUUUCCCUCCAUGAAAGACAUUCCAUGAUUAUUAUAUAUUUAUUUCAGAUAUAACUGGAAUUGUUUGUCAUUUUUUUCCAAGACAAAACAGAAGAACUAGUAGUUUUGUGUUGUAAACGAAAAUAGCCAACAUAUUUAUCACUUAUCAACUAGUUACGUUAUUGAGAAUUUAUAUUCAUAUUUAAUUGAAGCGAAUGUUUAUGUGAACUACAGAGAGUGUUCUUAACAGAAACUCUUUUUUUUUUUUUUUUUUGAGCGCAGAAAAUGAAGUCACAAGAAUAUUCUGAAAUGAACGAAAAUAAUUUGAACGAAAAAUUGUAUAAUACCCGAAAAGUGAAUUGUUUUGCCUGGGAUACACUAAAAGGAAGACCAAUUCCUCGUAAGCAUCAAGAAUUCGUGGAUUCUAAACAAAGGUUACGAGCAGCAUUAAGAAAUCUCAAAAAUAUUGAAGAUCUACCUAGCUCUGGUGAAUAUAGAAGAUACCAAAUAAACGAUUAUCAAGAACAAAGAGAAACCGAAAAGAAAGUUGAUCUUCCUUGUGUACCAAUUAAAGUAAAUGAUCUUCCUGUUCUUCCCAAGAGAAAAAGUAGUAGAAAAAUUAAAAUAGAAAAAUGUAUGUAUUACGAAGAUUCAUCGUCUGAUUCAUGGACUCCAGGUUUUAAACCUUCUAGGAAAAGCAAAAAGCAGGCUAAUCACAGACGAAAUACACAUUUGAAAGAAACUAGGGAGUGUAGUGAAACAGAGCAACCUGGCCCUUCAACCUCUAAGAGUAAUCAGUGCAAGAUAGCAGAAAAAGAUAAAGAUAAAAUUUACGAAUUAUAUGCAAGUCACUUUCCAAAGAAUGAAACCAUUCCAAAAGCAGGUGAAACAUAUAUCAUCAAGCCUAAAAAAGAAAAAGAUAUAGUACCAAAAGAAGAAACAGGUGCCAUUCCAAAAAGGGAGACGGGCGCAAUUCCAAAAAGAGGAACCAGUGCUUUUCCAAAAAGUGACGCAAGUACAAUUCCAACAAAAGAAACAGGUGCAAUUCCAAAAAGGAACAAGAGUGCCACUUCACAAAGAGAAACAGGUGCCAUUUUGCAGAGAGAAACAGGGGCAACUCCAAAAAGGAACAAGGGUGCCACUUCACAAAGAGAAACAGGUUCCAUUCUCCAGAGGGAAACAGGGGCAACUUCAAAAAGAGAAACAGGUGCAAUUCCACAGAAAGAAAUGGGUGCAAUUCCAGAAAAAGAAACUGGUGCAAUUCAGAAAAAAGAAACUGGUGCAAUUCAGAAAAAAGAAACUGGUGCAAGUCGGAAAGCAAGACUACCAAGAUCAUUAGCCUGUAUACUCGAGUCACAGAACAUAAAUUAUGACAAAAGCAUUGAACCUAGAAGAAAAACCAAAGUUUCUCAAGAAGUGUGGGCUUCAACUUUAGAUAUGAAUCCUGAGCCAAAAUAUUAUCCUGAAGAAAAUCAGCCGGCAGGAUGGGCUUCAAGUGCAGAUAUGAAUCCGGAGCCAAAAUAUCAUCCUAAAGAAAAUCAGAUAACAGGAUGGGCUUUAAGUGUAGAUAUGAAUAAGGAGCCAAAAUAUCAUCCUAAAGAAAAUCAAAUGGGACCAAGUACUUCCCAGGAACCAAGCACUAGCUCAAAAAGUGAUGAAAAUUCAAGAGGUAAUCGCAAAAACAGGGAACUGAAUAUUCCUCAGGAACCAACUAUUACUUCAAAAUGCAAUGAAAAAUCCAAAAAUCGUCCCAAAAAGAAGGCUUCCAAAAAUAAAAAUAAAAAGAAAUCUGAAGAAUCUGUUCCAUCUACUGAGGCUGCAUCUAAGUCUAAAGAGAAAUCAAGAGGCUCGGUUGCAACUGCUGAGCCUUCUCUGGAAUUUAGGCUGCCAAUUAAACAAGAAGUAGUUGAUGAUCCCAAUGAUGAAUUGCAGUCUUUUACAACAAAUGCACCAUCUUAUAAUAAUGCCAGGCUUGAAGAACCAGGUGCUAAACAUGAACCAAUUAAAGACGAAAUUCUAGAAGAGCCACUUUUCUCAACACAUGCAGAAGCAUGGGGCUCCAGAUAUAAUGAAGAAUUUUUCAGUGCUAGAUAUGAUGAAGAUUAUUUGACCAGGUCUUAUAUUGAAAAUGAAAGAGAUCGUGUUUGGUUUAAUGGUAAGGGUGCAUCUGAUCAUGUAUUUGAAAUAGAACCCCUUUUUCCAGAAAAUGAGCCGCCUAUGACAGUUUUAGGAGUGGAACUUAAUGCCCUGGAAAACUUUCUUCGAAAUAAUGAGACCAUAUAAAAGUGGUAUUUCAGUAAAAACCAAAAAUGUUCCUAUAUUUGGAUACUUUUCUUAAGUAAUACAUUAUAAAUAUUUGCUCAAUGAUUAGGACUUUUUUUUUUUUUUUUUUUGUUAUUUCUUCAGUCAUUUGAAAUAUGUUUUUGGUGAUUACCAUGAUAUU